CUUCCAAGUUCACCUCCUACCCCUCUCACAUCACCACGUUCUUCAUUCUUGGUGAGUUCUUCCGACUCCAAGCUCCAGUUCUGACCACCUCUGAAAAUACAAAUGUUGUCUUCACACCACGAGGCCAUGAUGCCGUACGCGCCGCGGCCGCCGUCGCUGUUGGUGGACCGGCGGUACAAGCAGGGCGGCGAGGCGGCGCCCAACUGCCCGCGCUGCGACUCGCCCAACACCAAGUUCUGCUACUACAACAACUACAGCCUCAGCCAGCCGCGCUACUUCUGCAAAGGAUGCCGCCGGUACUGGACCAAGGGCGGCUCCCUCCGGAACGUGCCCGUCGGCGGCGGGCACAGGAACAACCGCCGGAGCAAGUCGUCAGUGCGGUCGGCGGCCGAGUCUAUCGCGGGCGGACGCGACGCGGCGUUCGUUAACAGGUUCCCCGGCCCUGUCCGGCCCGACCUGUUCCUGGAAGGCAUGGUGGGCAACCCGGCAAACCCCGGCCAGGCGAUGCCCAACGUGCCCGCCGUGGCCGAUGCCUCCACCAUUGACCUCGCAAUGCUGUACGCCAAGUUUCUCAACCACCCGCCGGCCGAGGCAGGCGUCGGCGCCGUGACGCCGGAGUCGGCAGGACAGGUCGACGAGGCAUUCGACACGUUCAGCUCGUCCAGCGACCUGAGCCCCGGCGUUCUGGUGCCGGCGCAGUUCGAUCCUGGCCACGACGGGUUCGGUGAGUGGUCCGGGCCAGUGAGCAGCACUGACCCGACGAGUACGACUAGUACUACCACCGCAACCACCAUGCUGUGCACAGACAUGAGCGUUCAAGCUGCGCUCGGCGAGCUCAACUUCUCCAUGGAUCAGAGCUGCUUCGACUCGCUUGGGUUGCCCACCGAUGUUGGCAACCUCUCGUCGUGGUGUUCGAUCGUGCCCAGCUUGUCGACGUUGGAGGAUACCAAGUACGACUCGUUGGAUUCGUUCCCCGACGACGCCCUGAGCCUCAAUGAUGGCAUGAUUAGCGCGGCUUAUCAAGAUUGGAGCGUGGAUUGCCAAGGAUUGGAGGCUCUCUACAUGCCUUAACUACGCUCAAAAUUUUCUUCUUCUUUUUACUAAUCUGAUGGUUGUUCUUGUGAUUAGUUUGUUACAUUUUUCUCUUUCUUUUCUUUCAUUCAA